AUGGUGAGGAAUGCCCAUCAUGGCCAGGAUGUGCUCAUCAUGGAGAGGAAGCACCCAUUAUGGCAGGGAAGUGCCCAUCAUGAUGAGGAUGUGCCUAUCAUGGUGGGAAAGCCCAUCACGAUUGGAAAAGUGUCCAUCAUGGAGAAGUGCCUAUCAUGGCAAGGAUGUGCCUAUCAUGAUAGCUGGCGAACCCCACUUUCUGAAGCAUUCCCUGUAAUUGCGUCUGUUGCUAGGAGAGGAGCAAAUGGCAGCAUCCUGAGAUCUGCAACCCUGCUGAUUCCUGUUGUUCUGGAAAUGCCGUCGUCAAGGGCUACUGCGACACACAGGGGCCAGGUGAUUUUCAAAGAUGCGUUAGCCCAGCAGCUGUGUGAGCAAGGAGCUCCCACAGAAGCCAGUGCUCAGUCUCACCUCGCUGAAAUACACAGUGACAGUGUGAUCCUACGGGAUGACUUUGACUCCUACCACCAACUGGAAUUAAAUCCUAAUAUAUGGGCUGAGUGUAGCAACUGUGAGACAGGACAGCAGUGUGGCACGAUCAUGCAUGGCAAUGCCGUCACCUUCUGCGAGCCGUACGGCCCCCGAGAGUUGACCACCACAUGCCUAAACACAACAACAGCAUCUGUCCUGCAGUUUUCCAUUGGGUCAGGAUCGUGCCGAUUUAGUUACUCCGACCCCAGCAUCACUGUGUCAUACGCCAAGAACAAUUCUGCCGACUGGAUACAACUCGAGAAAAUCAGAGCCCCUUCCAAUAUCAGCACAAUCAUCCACAUCCUCUACCUUCCUGAGGAAGCCAAAGGAGAAAAUGUGCAGUUCCAGUGGAAGCAGGACAGCCUGGAUGUAGGUGAAGUGUACGAAGCCUGCUGGGCCUUGGAUAACAUCCUGGUCAUCAAUGCAGCCCACAGACAAGUCGUUCUGGAAGACAGUCUCGACCCAGUGGACACAGGCAACUGGCUCUUCUUCCCUGGAGCAAUGGUCAAGGUUUGA